AUGUCGUACCUUGGCCUUCAGGGCAAGUCCCUCGGUCUCACACUGAGUAUAGUCGCAGCCACGGCCUUCGCUCUCCAGGGCUACGACCAAGCCGUCAUGAACGGUCUACUGACCCUGGAUACCUUCAAGCACCAGUUUCCCCAGAUAAAGAACGCCAAUAUUGAGGGUACUGCUGUGGCCAUUUACGAAAUCGGUUGUGCGAUUGGAGCGCUGUCUUGCGCUUUUGUUGGUGACGUUCUCGGUCGUCGUCGCACCAUCUUCAUUGCCGGAUGCAUCGUCAUGAUCGGUGUUGCGAUACAGAGCAGCUCGUUCUCUCUCGGACAGCUCAUUGCUUCCAGAAUCAUUACAGGUCUCGGGGUUGGUGCCUUGACUGCUACCGUCCCUAUGUGGGUGUCCGAGUGCUCCAGUGCCAAAGAACGUGGCCGCCGUGUGCUGCUGCAGGGCUUCUUCGCUAUUGGGGGCAUUGUGGUUGCCUCGUGGAUGGAGUUCGGCCUCUAUUUCGUCGAAAACAACCAAGUGAACUUCCGCUUUCCCAUCGCCUUUCAGGGCUUAUUCGCCAUCAUCAUCACCUCUCUCGUCAUGUUCCUACCUGAGUCCCCUCGUUGGCUCAUCAGACAGGAGCGCUUUGAGGAUGCGAAGAAGGUCAUGGCUGCUCUCCAGGGCCUUCCAGAAGACUCCGAGGUCAUCAACGGGGAGCUUUCCCUCAUCCGCGACGCUUACAUCGAAGAGCAGCACCAGGCUGGAUCUGUAUUCACUAUGGGGCCUGAGCGCCAGUUUCACCGUGCCGCCCUCGCUGUCGGUAUCGCCGUUCUUGCUCAGAUGUCUGGCAUAAACAUUGUCACCUUCUAUUCCACAACCAUCUUCCAGCAGCAACUCCACUACUCGCCUACCGAAUCUCGCAUCUUUUCUGCGUGCCUACAGGUCUGGCAGUUCAUUGCUGCCGGCUUUGCUCUUCUACUCAUUGACAAGUUUGGUCGCCGGAAGUUGCUCAUGGCUGGUGCUCUUGGCAUGUGUGUUGCUCAGACUUCACUUGCAGGUCUUAUGUCCGAUCAGGCCAACAAGUCUGCCGGUGAAGCCGCCAUCUUCUUCUACUUCGUUGCCAUGUUUUUCUUCCCUGUUGGUCUUUUCCUUCUGCCUUUUAUGUAUGCUGCGGAGAUAGCACCCCUGAACAUUCGUGCCCAGGUCACCGCCAUCAGUGCCUGCGCCAACUGGUUGUUCAACUUCCUUGUUGCUGAGGUGUCCCCUCACGCCAUGGAGAACAUCGGCUACAGAUAUUACAUUGUCUAUGCCUGCAUCACUCUCUUUACUUUCACAGUUCUAUUCUUCUUUUACCCAGAGACCAAGGGUCGCACUUUGGAGGAGAUCGAUGACAUCUUUAUUCAGUCGAAGAGUAUCUGGGAUCCAGUGAAAGUCGAGAAGAAUUUGCCCAGGAAUGCUGUGGCGCUGGCUGAGCGUAUUCGCCAUGUCCACGAUGAGGAGAAACAUAAGGCAACUCACACAGAGGAAGUGUAA